AUGAGUAAUAUUACUGGCGAUAACAACCAAGAUGAAUCCAUUCUACCAUCAUUUCCGCCUGCCACACAGGCACAAAUCAUCAGGUCGAACCAGAAAGACCUUCAGCAUAUUACCCAGCUCCGCGAGCAAAUAUCUGAUAUAAUAAGAAACUAUCUUGGGAGCAGAUGGCUAUAUCGAAGAGAGGCCGAAGUUGAGCUAGCCGCCAACGUACUAUAUUCAAGUAUCACAUGUUUACGAGCAACACAAACUCUUGGGGAAGAGUAUGUAGGAAUGUGGGCCUACAGUUUUAAUACGAAGUCACUCCCAAGUCGUAAACUUAGAGCUGCUCUAAUUCUACUCCCCGGCCUACCUAGUUACAUUCAUUCUAAACUAAGUAGCCAGAUGGCAAACAACUCCUCAUUAUAUACGUACUUGCGUGCUCUACCGGCCAUCGUCGAAACGGCAGCUGAGAUCAACUUGGUCUUCUUCUACAUGACUGGCACAUAUUAUAGCCUAAUCAAAAGGAUUAUUGGUGUCAGACAUAUAUCCAGUAUAUUACCCGACCCCAACGCACGCCCUCCUUCCUAUUCCUUCUUAGGUAUUCUCAUGUGCAUCCGGCUCUUACACAGGCUAUACAUUUUCCUCGACAAACAACUCAAAUUUCUGGAACCACCACCUCCAGCCCAACCAACCAACGCACUCGCCCUUUCGGACAGCCAGCCCCUUCUGGCUCCUCAGGACGGUGAUAUACAACAACAUCAGUAUAUCGACACUCGAUCUAUCUCGGACAUCCUAGUGAAGCAGAGCGAGGGCUCAGAAGUCACAGUUGAUCCAGAAGUCGACGAAUUCACCUCACUUCACAUAGCCUCGAUUGACCCUGGGUUACGGGUCGGACGGAGGUGUGCUUUGUGUCUUGAAGAGCGAACUGCAACCACGUCUACAGAGUGCGGUCAUCUAUUUUGCUGGGGUUGUAUUGUCGGAUGGGGCGAUGAGAAGGUAUGA